GCAGGGUUCCCGAUGAGCAGUUGAAAGAUUGGGGCAAAACGGAAGCAAGAAUGCAAAAGGAGUGCUCUUUGAUUGAAGGGUGCCAAGUUGACUGGUCUGGCGAGAUUGUGCAAGUGUCCGUAUCAGAAGUGGAUAAUCCGAUCAAGAAAGCUGUCGACUGUCUGCCUGAAGCACUGGCCAACUUUUUGUAUUGCUUUUACGGACAACCGAUUCCUCAGCGUCCUGGAGACCAGCUUUUACCCGGAGAGGACUCGUGGGAUUUCGAGAAUUUGAUGGACUUUCACAACAGACAGUGUCAUUUGAACGAGUAUGACUCUUACUCGUUCGCCUUUUCAGUCAAGCUCCCGUCUGCUGGUUACUGGAACACUGGACUGCAUGUUGUUGUUGAAGCUGGGAAUGAAUUUCAGACUUUUGCAUUCAAUGCCUCGAAGGGAGACAUUGUGGCAUUUUCUGCAAUUCUCAAGUCGGGACUGGGAACUAUGAAGCCGGUUAUGACGCUCCGGGAAAUCCGAUGCAUUCACUGCAAGAAUCCGUUGUUGACGAUCGUUGCUGAACCACCGAUGUCUCUCUAUGACGAAUUUGUCACAGGGAUUUCAAGCGUUUUAAAGUUCAUUUUCGCACCUUUCGUUGGGGACGCAGGUACUCUGGGUGACGAUCGCGUCGUUUAAGGACUUCAUGUAUCUGAAGUUUUCUGAUGGUUGUUUUGUCGGGUGACCCCUUCGUACCUCAGAAGUUGCUCUUUGUUUAUGCGAAGGGUUGUUUUGUUUUGGCGUAGGCGUUUUUUCGAAAGUUCGGCCCUGUACGUUUUUCAGCCGUCAUUUGGGGAAAAUGCGGGAUUGACUUUGAUCCCUCUCAUUCUCAAAGCCUAUUUUCUCGUUUUUCAAACCUCCGAAUAUUCAAGGAAAAAUUAUGACCAAGCCGUACAAAUUUUAAGAAUUUGAAAGAUGAAUUUCUCGAAUAGAAGUUAACUGAAGCUGAGAUUUAAAAGCAAAAAUUGAGAAACUUUUGAGAUGAAGCUUACUUAAUCUUCCUCAGCGUGGUCUGCAAGUUUUUUUUUUUUUUUGCCGCCUCUGAUCACUUCUGUUUGAUAUGUUUGAUAUGCCCCAGAAAAACCGCUGAUCGCAACACCGGUUGACAAUUGGUGGUGGAGAACGCUGAAAAUAUCUUUGAUUCUAAAUUAGAUCAGGGAAGCCCGAGAGAAAAACUGGGCUGCGGUAACAAUUUUAUCCUUUCCAUAUCAAGAAUACCAAUCUGCAAGGUAUUCAUUGCAGAGCGAAAAGAGGGACAUUGGGCAAAUGUCCAAAGAUCUGCUGUCGAAAUGGCCAGGUUUCAUUUGGCUAAAAGCUUUUCGGAGAUGCAAACGGACGCGAAAGUGGAGCAAAAUUUUUAGGAUUCAAUUUGACAAUUCCUUAUGUGAAAACUAGGCGCAAAUAGGAAAGAAAGCUUUCGUGAAAGUUGGUUGGAAUGACAACCUAAACCUUUUUGUCGUGGUUUUUGUGCUCAUCAUAGUUGAGUCCGCUGUGUGAAGUGAGAAUUGUCAAGAGUACGAGAGCCACGUACCAAAAAUUCAUUUCUGAACUGUUCGUUUUGUAAGCUGCUUCUGAGUUGUAUUCAUCAUAUGGGACUUCUUUUUUGUUUGUCCCCUCGUGUCAUUUUGAUGCUAGAAAUGACAAUUUUUACAAGUUGGUAGCUUUGAAGUGUAACUGCACCUGAAAUACCCGAAAAAUUGAAAUAAUGUCACGCUUCCAUUCAAAUAUGCCCAGAAUUGAAUCUCCUAUUGUAUUCGAAAUUCCUUCGUAAACAUUUUCCAAAAAGACUUACAUAUGAAGCCCUAAUUCAUGAUGAGGGAAGGGUUGUCAUCUUCUUUAAUUUGAUCAUGCGACAGGAGAAAUCAUUCGCGCAUCGGGAAUGCUUGCGAAAGAUUUUAGUAGUAGUGCGUGUUGAAGCCGAAGGAGCGGCAAUAAUUUAGUGAUCAUCGGAGAUCAAAAAGUAGUUCCGAAGGCCCAAAGUUUAGUAACUUUAGAGAUUCCAUAGAGGCGAUACUGAUCUAUUUUUUUGUGACGACAACAAUUUUCGACGAAAAUUUGCCGUUUAUUUUCUUUGGGUGAUGUGGAAAGAUAAGAAAUUUAUUUUUGGUUUUGUUUUGGAAUGGCGACGCUAACAGAAUUCAAUCGGUGUGGUAGUCAUUUUUAUUCAGCGUUCAAUUCUCUCGGAAUUCGUGGAACAUAGAAGCCAGUAUUGGACCAUGUAGUGGAAAAAAUAAUUCCUGAAAAUAUUUUUUUGUCCGCACUGCUCAUGACGGUGGAGGCGAACAUUUCGAUUUUUACGGAUUUUUACAGAGUAGCACUGUAUUCUCUAUCCCGUUCGGAUGUCGUGUUCUGAACUGAAGAUUUUUUUCAAUGAAAUCUAGAUUUUUGGCAUUUUUUUUUCGCAAAUGCGCGCAAAUUUUGUUUUCGUGUUCUUCGCGUAAAUCUCGGGCAUGCGAUCUAAUUUUGUUUAACCCGCCUUGUGAUACUAGUGUCGUCCGAAGUUGCUUCGGAUGACGAGAGGUUGGAACCUUGCUAAAUGUCGCGAAAUGAAAAUAUUCAAAAGGCUACAUUUUAGCAGUUC